AGUUCAUCAAGCUUACCUGAUUAUGUGCAGUUCAGAAGUUUACCAGGAACUCCUCUAAAAGAUAUAUUUACUGCUGUUAGUGAUGAUUUGUUGGAACUGGUUCACAGACUUUUAGCACUCAAUCCUCUGAACCGAUGUUCAUGUACAGAAGCCUUAAAGAUGCCUUUCUUUAGUAACAAGCCACCCCCAACUCCAGGUCCAAAUCUACCUCAGCCAUCUUGUGUUGCCACUGACAAGAAAGAAGGGGAAACUAAUAAUGCCAGGAAAAGGAAACUUUUUGAUGGUGAUUUUGGUAGUAUGGCAAAACGACUAGUCUUCUGAAAGAAAUGAGCAUCUUAAGAGCACCCUCGAACAAAGCUUAACAAUUUAAUAAAAUUCUGUGGAACAUCUAGAUGGAUUUUUGAAUUUAGCAUUAUCAGGUAAAAUUCCAAGAUAUUCUGCUGAUGAAGUGUGACAUUUCAAAGGAUUGUCUGUUGGUCAUCUGGUUAUAUCCACUUUAGCUUCAGUGUGAUGUUAUUUUCUGGACAAAUUCAGUCAUUUUGAACUUUUUUUGAAGAAUUGUAUUUGUUGAAUAAAUUUUUAUAAUCUUUA